GUAUGUUUGACCGAGAUCAGUCCGGAACUAUCAGUUUCCAAGAAUUUCAACAGCUGUGGCAGUAUAUUCACCAAUGGAAGGGUGCAUUUGACAGAUACGAUUCAGACAGAUCAGGAGCUAUAGAGUCUCAAGAAUUACAUCAAGCUUUUGCUCAAAUGGGUUUCAAUGUUUCAGCAAAUUUUGUCAACCUUGUAGUUACCAGGUUUGAUCAACUUGCUCGUAGAAGCUUAAAGCUGGAUAGUUUUAUCCAGUGCUGUGUAAUGCUGCGAGGACUGACAGAUGCUUUCCGAGCAAGAGACACAAGCAUGAAUGGCAAUAUCACCAUUAGUUAUGAAGACUUCAUGUGUAUGGUUUUGUUGAAUAAGCCUUAAACUUGUAUUUAGACUGGAUGAAAACAAUAUUAUAUGCCCUUUUCACAACACACUCAUAGUGAUAAAUUUAAGACUUAAACUGAGUGUACAUUUUUCAUCUUUGAAAUUACAAACUAGGUGUUCCACAUCCAAUUUGGACAGCUCCUUAAUCAAAGCUUUGUAGAAUUAUUGGCUGGGUGGUGUUAAAUGACCAGCCAAAAGGCUGACAUCCAUUGGUCAUGUUAUGUCCUCAACAACACCCCUCCCACUUCUGUUUAAGUGUAGUUAAGCAUUCAUCCUGCAGAGUUCGGUUUUCAAAUUCAUCUGGAUUAGUCCUGAAUCGUUUACCUUUUUAGAAACAUCACAAAAAUGAAAGUGUGAGAGGAAGGUUCUUUUAGACUGAAAAUUUGUUCCAUCCACAUUAGUAUGGAUAGGGGCUGAAAUACAUUGGCCUGUGAAGCCUCAUGAUUGAAUAACAAAGGGCUAUUCCAAGUGUUAACUCUAUGUAAUGCUAUGGUGUCAUUUAGUUCAUAGAACUUUACCUGUAAAAAAUUAUACUAAGUAAAAGCUACCCAGGCAACCUCUCAACAGUAUUUAUUUUAGAAAUGAGCAGACAAUUAACUAUUCCCUUUAAAAUUGGAUAUCCACUAACUGUGUAGUUAGACGAUUGCAAGUGCAGUUUUGAGAGUUUAAGUAAUUAUAACCUAGAUGUUUGAAAUUAAUAAAACUCUCUGAUCACUUAUUCAUGUCAUAA